CAGUGCAAAUCCUCGACUAGUCAAUUCCUCUUUGAAGUACAGAAAGUGCAAUACAGUGCAGCUGAGAGAAGACUAACGACUAAUCGCAAGCGGACUUCGAGAGAAGAUUUCAAAUAAAAAGUCCCAGAGCCCGCCAUACUUGUAUUAAAAUAUAAAAGCGUAUCAGUAAUUCGUUUUACUUGUUAACAUACAAUCAUCUCUGCGGCGGUUAAUUAUGACUUCGAACGUGAAAAUAUUCGAAAUUACGGUACCAGAAAAGGACAAUCUUUGUUGUGCGAUCUGUAAGAUCCUGAAUCAAGAGAACGAAUCCCUAAUUUAUUCGGAUUUUUGCGCGAACAGAAUUAAGUGUCGACAAUUUCUUCAAGAAACUCCUCAGGCAAUGACCGCCCCAGUAACUAACCGGAAAAUACUCGCGGCCGGGGGUACUAUGAACAUCAUCGUCACGAAGGACUUCUUUGCGGACUACACGUUCCAGGAUCACUGUGACGCAUUGAACAUACAAGUGAUGGAUUUAUUGGAUCCUGUUCCGGCCGACGUUUACAGAGCGUGUCUCCUGUACACCGUGGAGUAUAGAUUGGCGCCGCGGUGGAACAAGGUCGGGCUCUACCUCGUCGAAGGACAAAAUUUCCUCAGCUUGACGGGAAGCGUCAACGCGAUAACGUUGAACAUCAAGGAGAUUCGCGGUAAUAGUGCUCGGCUUCAGGUGGAAGCCGUAAAUCUUAAAAUACCGUUCGUGAAACUGAACACGGCGCGUCCCUUGCAGCACGAUACGCAACUGAUGGUGCGUGUUUUACCGAGUAUGAAAAUGGCGAAUGUGUUGAGGAUCUCGAAGAUAAUCAAGAAGGAGCAUCCGUUCAAGGACUACGAGCACAUGUGCACAUAUUGGAGAGAAAUGCACGGUUACGUACUGCCAGACUGCGCGGAAGGAUCCUUAUUUUACGAUAUCAAGUUCGUCUAUUUCAAGUCAAGAGUCUUCCUAUAUCCUGAGACGUGUCUGACCUCGGGACCUCUGCACGUUCUCCCACCCUCGAUGGACCCGGUGCCUAUAAUUUACAGAUUCGCGGGAGAGUUAAGAAGUAGGGUGUCCAAACUGUGUGGCCAGCAACUGGACAUAUGUCCCGAAAACACGUACAGAGCGGCUCUUCAGGUUUGCACGCCAAUAGUACCAAAGACUGACAAGUUGUCAGGGUAUGACUCAGGAUACUGCACGAAAUCGAGAACCGUUAGCAACAUGGCGACGUCGCCGCUUUAUAUAGCUGAUACGUGCGGAAUUCCUACUAAACGGGCGCGAAUGUCGUUAACGAGGACCGAUGAUUCGUUCACGUGCGGCACUGAGUGCAGCGAUUUCGAUUUUGGGAUCAGUCCGAUGUGUUCCACGGACAGAUCACAACGACGUAAAAACGUUAGGAAUCUGUCGGCAAUAUUACACGACGUAGAUGACAUCAAAACGAUUGUGCCGAAAGACGAAAGAAAAUCGAGCUAUUUCGGAAACGAAGAAAUACGAUCUCGCGCGGACGAGACGACAGUCAAGGAAAAGGAGCCUAAGCAGAUAAGCUUGAAGGAAAAGCUGUUGAAAGCUAGAAGUGACGAAUAAAAAUAUGAAAUUUCCAAGAAAAGUUUUUCUUAUA